CACAAAUACAAUUUUAGCAGUUUGAAAAAUCAGGUAGUGUUUUCUACACAUGUGAAAUUGUUUAACAUCUCUUUUAUCCAGAAACUUUAAAUAUGAUUUCAGGAAAAGGAGAGUUGCAAGCACUGCAUAUAUUAGUUUACAAUAACAUUGUGAUAAAUGCUAGUCGAAAAGCAGAAUAAAAAGAAGUUGUCACCAGCAGUGAUAAUUAUAUAUUUCCUUGUAUUGUCUGUGAGCAAAACAGAUUGGCAAAAGACAACAAUUUCUGCCUCCAGUGCUCAUCAGUUUUACAUUACUUCCCAGUGAGUUGGAAGCCAAAGGACAAGAGAAGGAAGCUGAACUAUAGAUGAGAUACAUCUAGGUCAGCUCUUCCUCUGAGACAGAGGUUAUUUGUUCCCAGAUUGUUCUUCUGCAGAAAAAUAUGAUCAUUUCCACAUUAGAGCCUCAGCAGAGAAGGGAAGAUUUACUGUGGUUAACCUGUUUUCCCCUUAACUAUUUCUCCAUUAUACAAUUUGUUCAGUUUGGUAAUCAUACACUAAAAUAAAUAGUGUUUUAAAUAGCUUUAAUCCCCAGAGUCACAUAAAUUUAUAUUUCUCCUUCCUGUCUCAUAGCCCAGCUAAAAUACAGCUUUAAAAUGUUGUGCAUCCUGUUACCUUAUGCGAAAGAGCAUGAUAAAGUUACUGUGCUAAAAUGUAUCUCAGGUGGAUCAGAGAGGAGAAAUUUUCAGUCUUUCAGCAAGACUGGCUCAGAAAUGUUACACUCAUAGCAUAACCAAGUGCAAAAGAUGUUAAAGCUUUUCAAACAGCUACAGUUUUAUAACGACCCUUGAAUACGUGAAAAUGCAUGCUAUGAAGCACUAUUUAGUAAGAGGGAGAAAUAACCUGGGAAGGUAUGAAGAGCUUUGUGUAUUUUCACAAGUCAUGGAGAGGCAUAACUGGUGAUUGCAAAUCCCACUGCUGUUGGUAUUUCAUUCAUAAUGGAGAGAUGCAAGAAAGAAGUCACUGAUGACUGAAUUGAAAAAGAAAUAUAUUCUACAAGAAGCUUGAGUAUAAAGCUUAAAAACAUGUCCUUCUCCUCAGUUAAUACUUUAAAGAUUUUAGCUGGACUUUUGAGAACAGAGCUCCCCACUGUGAGGAAGUGGAGCCUGAAGAACUUAGUGACUGUUGUCAUCUCCUCACACCAGGGAGCCAGUGCUGCUGGAGAGUUCAGUCAGGAUCUGCUCUCUGCAGUGUCCAAGCUCCCUCAUUGCAGUAAUUCCCAUGGGUGCAGCUUGGAUUAACACCAUGAAUGUGCUUUCUCUCUUCACUUUAACCCAUGCUUUAAACCUACAGGAGACACUAGAUACCAGCACCUUCUUAAUAUAUAAUGAAGAUCACAAGCGUUGUGUACUGGCUCUGAGUUCUAAUUCAGUGACUACUGCUCCUUGUGUUCAAGAAAAUGAGUCACAAAAAUUCAGGUGGGUCUCAGAUCACCAGCUUAUGAGCAUAGCAUUCAAAUUGUGCUUGGGAGUGCCUUCGAAGAAAGACUGGGUUCCGAUCACUCUGUACCCUUGUGACAAGGCUAGUGAACUUCAGCGAUGGGAAUGCAGAAAUGAGACUCUCUUUGCAAUCCAAGGGGAAGAUUUGUUUUUCAACUAUGGAAACAAACAGGAAAGGAAUAUUAUGCUGUACAAGGGAUCUGGUUUAUGGAGUAGGUGGAAAGUCUACGGAACCACAGACGAUCUGUGUUCUCGAGGCUAUGAAGAUACCUACACAGUGAAAGGAAAUGACAAUGGAGCCCCUUGUGUAUUUCCUUUUAAGUUUGGUGGUAAAUGGUAUGCUGACUGUACAGAUGCUGGCAGAUCAGAUGGCUGGUUCUGGUGUGGAACCACUUCGGACUAUGAUGUUGACAGGAAGUAUGGAUUUUGCCCAAUGAAAUUUACUAAUAAUGAUUUAUGGAACACAGACCCUUUAACAAAUGUCCAGUACCAGAUAAACUCUGAGACAGCUCUGAAAUGGCAUCAGGCAAGAAAAAGUUGUCAGCAGCAGAAGGCAGAGCUAUUGAGCAUCACAGAGUUACACGAACAAACAUACCUGACAGGUCUGACUCGCACACUGAGUUCAGCUCUCUGGUUUGGUCUCAACAGUUUGAAUUUCAACAGUGGAUGGCAAUGGGCUGGUGGUGCUCCUUUUCGGUACCUAAACUGGGUGCCAGGCCAUCCUUCUCCAGAACCUGGAAAAAUCUGUGGUGCAUUGAAUCCUGGCAAAGGUGCUAAGUGGGAGAACUGGGAAUGUGAUAAGAAACUUGGCUAUAUUUGUAAACGAGGAAAUGCUACUUUAGAAUCUUUCAUUGUUCCUAAAGAGACUAAUGUGCCUAUUAGGUGUCCUGACCAAUGGAUGUCAUAUGCUGGUCACUGUUACAUAAUUCAUAGGGACCCCAAAAUAUGGAAAGAUGCCUUAACAUCUUGCAGGAAAGAGGAUGGAGAUCUGGCAAGCAUCCAUAAUGUUGAAGAAUACAGCUUUGUUAUUUCUCAACUUGGGUACCAGCCAUCUGAUGAGCUGUGGAUUGGGUUGAAUGACCUCAAGGUUCAGAUGUAUUUUGAAUGGAGUGAUGGAACACCUGUCACCUACACUAAAUGGCUUCGUGGAGAACCCACUCAUGCAAACAACAGGCAAGAGGACUGUGUCGUUAUGAAGGGAAAGGAUGGAUUUUGGGCAGACCAUUCUUGUGAAAAGAAAAUUGGCUACAUCUGUAAAAGGAAACCUAUGUCAGAUGCUCCUACAGAAGAGGAAACUAUUGAUAUGGGCUGCCAGAGAGGCUGGAAAAGACAUGGUUUUUAUUGUUACUUCAUUGGAAAUACAUUUCUAACAUUUCCUCAAGCAAAUCAAACCUGUGGAAGUCAUCAGGCUUUUUUAGCAACAGUUGAAGACAGAUAUGAACAAGCCUAUUUGACCAGCCUGGUUGGGCUGAAAAGAGAAAGAUACUUUUGGAUUGGACUUUCAGAUGUAGAAGAAAAGGGAACAUUCAAGUGGUGUAAUGGUGAAUCUGUCUUAUUUACACACUGGAAUUCUGAAAUGCCUGGAAGAAAGCCAGGCUGUGUUGCCAUGAGGACUGGAAUAGCAGGGGGAUUAUGGGAUGUAAUAAAAUGUGAAGAAAAGGCAAAGUUCAUAUGCAAAAUGUGGGCAGAAGGAGUGACACUUCCACCUGUUCCCACAACAACUCCUAUUCCCCGGUGUCCAGAAGGCUGGAACUCAAACAAUCAUAUUAGCUUCUGUUUCAAACCUUUCUCCAGAGCAGAGCACAAGAAGACGUGGCUGGAAUCGCAGGAGUUCUGCCGAUCCAUAGGAGGAGACCUGGCCUCCAUCAACGGCAAAGAGGAGCAGUACGUGAUCUGGCGCUCCAUCGCAAACAAUGGCUAUUACCAUCAGAAUUUCUGGAUAGGUUUAUAUUAUUUGAAUCCUGAUGAUGGCUUUGCUUGGAGUGAUGGAUCUCCAGUGAGGUAUGAAAACUGGGGCUUUGGAGAACCAAAUAAUUAUCAAGGAGUUGAACUUUGUACAGAGAUCAGUGGUGAUUCCAGCAUGCUUUGGAAUGACAGGCACUGUGAUUAUAUGUAUGGAUGGAUUUGCCAAAUAAGAAAAGGGGCAAGUGUGAAGCCUGAACCAACAGAAUCUCCUGUACCCGAAUACAGGACUACUGAGGAUGGAUGGAUUAUACACGAAGACAAACAGUACUAUUUCAGCACGGAGACUGUUCCUAUGGAAGAGGGCCGUGAGUUCUGCAAAAAGAACUUUGGAGACCUUUCUGUCAUUGAGAGUGAAAGUGAAAGAAAGUUCCUCUGGCGAUAUAUAUUGAAAAAUGGCAAAGAGGAUGCAUAUUUCAUUGGUUUACAACUGAGUAUUGACCAACGUACAAGCUGGAUGGAUGGCACUCCAGUGAAUUAUUUGGCAUGGGCACCACAUGAACCUAACUUCGCAAAUAAUGAUGAAAACUGUGUCGUUAUGUAUAAGAAUUUAGGAUUUUGGAAUGAUAUAAACUGUGGCUAUCCAAAUCCCUACAUAUGUGAAAGGCACAACAGUUCCAUUAAUUCAACUGUUCCUCCAACAACAUUUUCAAGUCCAAGAGGAUGUCGACCAGCUUGGCUUUCUUUUCAUAACAAGUGUUACAAAAUAUUUGGAUCUACAGAAGAGGAACGUGUUACUUGGCAUGCUGCACGAACAGCUUGCAUGAAUUUAGGAGGAAACCUGGCCUCGAUCCCUAAUGAACAAGUGCAAGCUUUCCUUACGUUCCAUUUAAAAGAUUUUGCCACUGAGACAUGGAUUGGAUUAAAUGAUAUAAAUCAUGAAAUGAGAUUCCUCUGGACAGAUGGAACAGGGGUUUACUUUACAAACUGGGCCAAAGGCUUCCCGUCAGGACAUAUGGGUUUAUAUGCCUAUAGCGGCCAGGCUGAUUGUGUUGCCAUGAAAAACAAACCUGUUAAGGAAGCAGGGAAGUGGGCUGAUCAGAGUUGUGAUAACAGCAGAGGAUAUAUAUGCCAAAUUAAUGCAGAUUCUGAAUUUCUGCCUUCUACAACCUCAUCCCCAUCCAACAUUAUCCGUUAUGGGAAUAGUAGUUAUUUGUUCAUCCACAGCAAAAUGACAUGGGAGGAUGCACGGAAAAACUGCAAACAAAAUCAAUUUGACCUUUCCAGUGUCUUAGACACCUACACUCAUUCAUUCCUGUGGCUAAAGAUAUUAAAAUAUGGGGUGCCUGUGUGGAUUGGUCUUAAUAGCAAUGUGACCAAUGGGCAUUAUGAAUGGAUUGAUAACUGGAGAAUGAAGUACACGAAAUGGGCUGAAGGGGAGCCAAAGCAAAAACUAGGCUGUGUCUAUCUUGACAUUACUGGAGUCUGGAAGACAGGAUUCUGCAACGAAAGUUACUUCUCUGUUUGCAAAAAGUCUGAUGUUCAAGCUCCCACUGAGCCCCCUCAGCUUCCAGGAAAGUGUCCUGAAUCAGAAGGACACAGGUCUUGGAUCCCUUUCCGAGGUCAUUGUUACUACAUUGAAUCUUCCUCUUCAAGAAACUGGGCCCAGGCAUCUUUAGAAUGCCUUCGACUAGGUGCCUCUCUGGUGUCGGUUGAAGACUCGGCUGAAGCCAACUUUUUGACCUACAACCUUGAACCACUUGAAGGGAAAACAUCAACAUUUUGGACAGGAAUGUACAGAAAUGUGGAUGGACUAUGGCUGUGGCUAGAUGGCAGUGCAGUGAAUUUUGUCAACUGGAAUGUAGGAGAGCCUUCUUCUCAGCAAAAUGAGCACUGCGUUGAAAUGUAUGCAGAUUCUGGGUAUUGGAAUAAUUUCUAUUGCUCUUCCUACAAAGGAUAUAUUUGUAAAAAGCCAAAAAUUCCAGCAACUGAAAUGCCAUCGGCAUCUGAAAUGGCACCAGCUGAAAUACCUACAAUGGCAAUGACAAAAGAUGAGAAGGCUUCUACCCUGAACCACAGCAAAACAGGAGUUAUAGUUAUUGUUGGUAUUAUCAUCCUAGUUGGAAGUGGCCUUGUAGGAUAUCUCUUCUACAAAAGAAGAAAGAAUUGCUUGCCAACAAAUGACAGCUUUGAGAAUAAUCUGUAUUUUAAUGGUGAUGCAGUUCCUGGAAUUAGUGACACAAAGGAUCUUGUGACCAACAUAGAGCAGAAUGAACAUGCAACACUGUAAUGUAACAAAAGGAAAUGUAAUAUGUAAUAUAAAAUGUAAUGUAAUAAAAUAAAAUGUGCCUUGUUUUAUUAAAAUUAUGCAACUAGAAUGAAGCCAAAGGUAUUUUCUCAUGUGCAAUUACUGUACUAGCUUGUUUCUGUGUGUGUGUAAUGUCAUACAUUGCAGUUAUUUUAUUUUGUAGCCAUUAUAGAAAGUGAAAGAUUUCAGGUCUCAGAAUUUGAUGAUCACACUGGUGAAUGUGGAUCUUAAGAAAAGUGAUAAUAUUGGCUAAUUAUUAAAUGGAGCAGUAGAAAUGGAUAAAAUAAAGAAAGUAAAAUCCAAGAGCCCCUUGAAGAACAA